UGACCUAAUUUUAAUUCACAGUGGAAACUUUAAAUGUGUUUGCAUGUUGUUCUGCUUAUCCCCUCCCCUUCAAACCUUUUCGACUUUCUCCACCCACAACAAUUUUAUUAGCUGUCUUAACACAUUUGAAUCUGAAAAACUCAGAUCACACUACAUUACACUCAUGCGCUCUUGGGUCUGUCUGAAGUCUGACGUGCCAUUCUAGCAGUUGUAUCUUGGAUUCUUGUCAGGAUGCAAAUUAAGAGAAAAAGAAUGCUGCUUGCCUUCUUUGUAUUGUCUUUUGGGUGUUUCAUGGACAUGAGAAUGUGUACAGUAGUGCAACCAGAACUGAGAAUCACAACAAUAAAGCAAGAGCCAUACACAGUGUCCAAGGGCACACAGCUGGAUGGCUUUUGCAUGGACCUAUUAUCUGAAGUAGCCAAGAAACUGGGCUUCAAGUACAAAGUGCAGCUGGUGAAGGAUGGUUCAUAUGGUAGGCAGGAGGAGAAUGGGAACUGGAAUGGGAUGAUAGGAGAGGUGAUAAGAGGGGAGGCAGACCUUGCAAUUGCACCACUGACUCUCACUGCAGCUCGGGAGAAAGUGGUAGCGAUGACCAAACCAUUCAUGCAGACUGGUAUCAGCAUCCUGUUGAGGAAGGACAUCUCAGAGGAAACAGGCUUCUUUGAUUUCCUGACCCCCUUUACAGUCGUGACGUGGGUCGGCAUACUCAUUGCCUACCUGGGGACGACUGCUUGCAUUUUUAUUGCUGCAAGACUCAGUCCAUGUGAAUGGAGUCAGCCUCAGAGUGAACAUAACAGAUUCAACUUGCUCCACAGCUUGUGGUACACAGCUGGAGCUCUUACGCUUCAAGGUGCUGGUCCUCACCCCAGGGCUCUUUCAGUACGUGUUAUCUGCUGCAGCUGGUGGUUAUUUACAGUCGUCCUCUUGGCUUGUUAUUUCUCCAACCUUAGCUCCUCCAAGAGCUCUGAGUCCACUCAGGUAAUGGUGAAAGGGUUUGAGGACUUGGCCAGUCAGGAUGUGAUCGAGUACGGCUGCCUGGCUGGCUCUUCAACUCUAGCAUUUUUCAAGAACUCAAACAACCCUGUUUAUCGGAGAAUCUAUGAACACAUGGAGAGAACAAAGAGUUUUGUGUCAUCCAUGGAUGAAGGGGUCCGACGUGCAAGAGAAAGCAACUUCGCCUUUAUUGGAGAGUCUGUUUCUCUGGACUUGGCUGUAGCUCAUCACUGUGAACUGGUCAGAACUCAUGAAGUCAUUGGCAUGAGGGGAUACAGCAUCGCUGCAGCCCUCGGCUCACCGAUAAUAAAGAACCUCAGUGUGGCAGUCUUACAACUUAGCGAGGCUGGAGAGCUGGCCUACCUGCAAAGCAAGUGGUGGGCCAGCAGCUGUAUAGCCAACAAGGCCAAGUCUUCAGCCAUGCAGACACACAGUCCCAAGGGGAUGUUUCUGGUUCUUUCUCUGGGUUUAGGAAUGGGAACAUUGCUGGCUCUCCUGGAGCUUACUUUCAAGAGUCGCAGAAGUGCAGCGGAGCAGAGGAAAUCCUGCUGUACUGUGCUCGCUGAAGAACUGAGUCUGCGCUUGAGGACCAACAAUGCAAACAGACCCCAGGAAAAUGUAGACAAAGCAUAGAAAUGUCCUAGAAACAUGUGAUUGUAACAGCUCUGAAAACUGUGGUUCUUUAUAUAGUUUUUUUGCAGCCUCUUCAGAUUUGUUCUAAUAUUUGACAGAAAUAUUAACUUAGUUGUAGGUUUUCAUCUUUUUCUUGUAAAAAAGAAAAAAUAUUACCAUUGGAAAAACCUCACAUUUUAUUACAAUAGUGUUUAUUGAUUUUCAAAUAAAAACGCUAGUUUUAAUAAAAAAGUAAACAUAUUUCAAAUAUUUUAAAAAUAGCAUCGAAUUGAUCCGUGUUUACACUUGAGAACUGAAAAUUUUACUAACUCAUAGGAAUCAUAUACUUUCUAAGUUUACUGUUACUUGAUAUGACUGAUUCUACAUCAUGCUGUUUGUGCAGUUCACAGUGAUUAUCACAUGGUUUCAACAACUAUAUUGUAAACAUCCCAUCAGCAUGAAUACAACGGUGUGAACUGUAAACCUCACCUAAAAUAAUAAAAACUCUAGUUGUGUAA